CGCCGCGCCGCUCGCCGCCCGGCUAGCACUGACGUGUCGCUCGGGCCGCGGAGCCUGUGUCGCCGGGCAGAGGAGCGGAGCGGGACGCCGGGACCUCGCAGCCUCCGCCAUGGCGAUCAAAUUUCUGGAAGUCAUCAAGCCCUUCUGUGUCAUCCUGCCGGAGAUACAGAAACCGGAGAGGAAGAUCCAGUUCAAGGAGAAAGUGCUGUGGACAGCCAUCACCCUCUUUAUCUUCCUAGUGUGCUGUCAGAUUCCCCUGUUUGGUAUCAUGUCUUCAGACUCCGCCGACCCUUUCUAUUGGAUGAGAGUGAUUCUGGCCUCUAACCGAGGCACGCUGAUGGAGCUGGGCAUCUCUCCCAUUGUCACCUCCGGCCUCAUUAUGCAGCUCCUGGCUGGCGCCAAGAUAAUCGAAGUUGGCGACACCCCAAAAGACAGAGCCCUCUUCAAUGGAGCCCAAAAGUUAUUUGGCAUGAUCAUUACCAUCGGCCAGUCCAUCGUGUAUGUGAUGACGGGGAUGUAUGGAGACCCUUCUGAGAUGGGCGCUGGGAUCUGCCUGCUGAUCACCAUCCAGCUCUUCGUGGCUGGCUUAAUCGUCCUGCUUUUGGAUGAGCUCCUGCAGAAGGGGUACGGGCUGGGCUCUGGCAUUUCUCUCUUCAUCGCCACUAACAUCUGUGAGACCAUCGUCUGGAAGGCCUUCAGCCCUACCACCGUCAACACUGGCCGAGGAAUGGAGUUCGAAGGCGCUAUCAUAGCACUCUUCCACCUGCUGGCCACGCGCACCGACAAAGUGCGCGCACUGCGAGAGGCCUUCUACCGCCAGAACCUCCCCAACCUCAUGAAUCUGAUCGCCACCAUCUUUGUCUUUGCCGUGGUCAUCUACUUCCAGGGCUUCCGUGUAGACCUGCCAAUCAAGUCGGCGCGCUACCGUGGCCAGUACAACACCUACCCCAUCAAGCUCUUCUACACCUCCAACAUCCCCAUCAUCCUGCAGUCCGCGCUGGUGUCCAACCUCUACGUCAUCUCCCAGAUGCUGUCCGCUCGCUUCAGCGGGAACUUGCUGGUCAGCCUGCUGGGCACGUGGUCGGACACGUCUUCCGGCGGCCCGGCGCGUGCCUACCCUGUCGGCGGCCUGUGCUAUUACCUGUCCCCUCCAGAGUCGUUCAGCUCCGUGCUGGAGGACCCUGUCCACGCAGCUGUGUACAUCGUGUUCAUGCUGGGCUCCUGCGCCUUCUUCUCCAAAACAUGGAUCGAGGUCUCGGGCUCCUCUGCCAAGGAUGUUGCCAAGCAGCUGAAAGAGCAGCAGAUGGUGAUGAGAGGCCACCGGGAGACCUCCAUGGUCCACGAGCUCAACCGGUACAUCCCCACAGCAGCGGCCUUUGGCGGGCUGUGCAUCGGAGCCCUCUCGGUCCUGGCGGACUUCCUAGGUGCCAUCGGGUCUGGAACCGGGAUCCUGCUUGCCGUGACCAUCAUCUACCAGUACUUUGAGAUCUUCGUGAAGGAGCAGAGCGAGGUGGGCAGCAUGGGAGCCCUUCUGUUCUGAGCCUCAGCUUCUGUGGACCAGGGGGGAGCGUGCCCCGGGGAGCGCGCAGCUGUGGCACAAGGACUUGAUUUAAUGAUGCUUUUUAAAUUUCUUAUCCUUUCAUUCCACUGUGUAAAGUGCUAGAUUUUCCAGUUUGAAAUUAUUCUUUUUCUCGUGGCAUUGGCAGAAGCCCGUAGAAGUGAGGUGACUGCCAGAGGGUCAUGGCGGCCAGUUGUCCACUUAGUUCCCUGUGGGCCUUUGAUCCUGGCCCCUGCGGCACGCAGCUGCGGUGUGCCCCGCUCCCCCCCGCCCCCCCAACCCGAAGGAAGCACAAGCAGAGGUCUGCCCUCCUCCCGGCCCCAUGGCGAGGCUGGAGGCUGGGGAGCAGAUCCCGCGGCGGGCCCUCACCGGCGCGCCCGCCAGCGCUUCGCUCUCCGACGGGCCCUGAAGGAGGAGUGGGCGUCGGCGUCCGCUCCGACUCGCGGGGCCGGGGCGCGGGGGCGCUGCUGGACUGGCCGCGGCGCCCUCCGUCCCCCGGGGCGGCUAGCUCAGCUUCGCACUGCGCCUGGGACCAACACGCAGCCGAGGAGCUGCAGGGCCGAGCGGGCCGCGGGCGUGUCGGGCCCUGGUGCGCGUCUCGGCCGCACGGCGCCGCCCAUCACGCGUGGCCUUGUCUAGACCCGGUCCCAAGCCCCGGGCCGCCGCCGGCCGCGGGUGCUCCGUCCGUGCGGGGCGGGACUCACUGUGGACGAGCGAGAGACGAAUAAAGCCGACUUUGUACA